UCUCUCUCUCUCUUCUUCAGAUUUCUACGGCAUGCCUUGGAUCCAUGCUCCUAAUCAGCUUACGAGCUUCCCUUGACCUACGCUUCUUUUCCUAAUGCGCAUCUGACUAUGGCUGUGCUCAAAGUAAAAUUCACUAAAACCAAGAGGGACAAACUGGCUCAGAUCUUAUGGAUCCUCAACUGGGUUUCUGUAGUGAGUGGGAUCAUCCUCUUCAGUCUUGGCCUCUUUCUGAAGAUAGAGAUCAAGAAGCGCAAUGAAGUGAUGGCAAAAGGGGACAUUAACUCUGUCCCAAAUAUGCUGAUCUCUGUGGGGGUCAUAGCCUGUAUCAUCAACUUUCUGGGUGGCAAAAUCUGCUAUGACUGCUCAGAUGCAAACAAGUUCUCUCGAUGGAAACUAGUAAUGCUGCCAUACAUUGUAUGUACCUUCUGUUUUACCUUCUGCAUCUUGGUGGGUGCUCUCAUGUGCUAUACCAUGAGGAACGAGCUGGAAGAGUCUCUCUAUCUGGGACUGAGGGAUGCCAUUAAGUUCUAUAAAGACACAGACAUACCUGGACGAUGUUUCUUAAAGAAAACAGUGGAUUUGUUACAAAUUGCAUUUCAUUGCUGUGGAAACAAUGGCUUUAGAGACUGGUUUGAAAUUCAGUGGGUAUCUCCUCGUUAUCUGAAUAUGGCUUCCAAGGAAGUUCUGGACCGUCUGAAAAGCAAUGUUGAUGGGAAGUUCUUGGUGGAUGGAGUCCCCUUCAGCUGCUGCAACCCCAGCUCCCCACGGCCCUGCAUCCAGUACCAGCUGACAAACAACAGUGCUCACUACAACUAUGAUUUYCUCACAGAGGAGCUCAAUAUCUGGGUGAAGGGCUGUAGAGAGGCUCUGCUGGAUUACUACACCACUAUCAUGAGAUACAUUGGCAUUGCAGCAUUGCUUAUUUGGUUGUUUGAGCUCUCUGUACUUAUUGGUGUCCGGUACCUACAAACAGCCAUGAAGAAUGUCCUUCUGCUAGGAGAUCUGGAGGGUGAAUCAGACGGUUGGUUGCUAGAAAAUAGUUUUGUGGAAACUGCCAAAUACAACAUCAACAUCAUUAAGAACUUCGGCAAAGCCAACCAGAUCUCCACUGUCUCAGGCAUGAACGACCCCAAUAUUGAUGUUCAAAACACAAACUGCGGCAAAAACAAUAUUACAACUAAAACUAUCCCUGCAGAUAGGUAGGCAAAUCUUCCAAUAAAUGAUACCACAAGUGUAGCUUUGCUCUAUUACAGUCCKACAGUCACCAGAUUUUAUCUGGUGGGGGAUAA